CAUUUUUCGAAAAGCCGGCAAAUUUUUUUUCUGUGCAAAUUUUCUAUUUUCUUUCGCAUUUCAAAACAAUUAGUAAUAUUUUUAAUUUUUUCAACCAAAACAAUGGCAACGGUUGCAGCCAAUUCUCUAACUAGCAAAAGAUGGCAUAGUUUGCGUCAUAUUUUGGAAAGGGCAGGACCUUUUUGUAAAUCCGAUUUUACUCCCUCACCUGAAAAUUUAGAAUUUUUGCAAACUACUUGCAAAAUUUUAGUAAUUGGUGCUGGUGGCUUGGGCUGUGAGCUUUUAAAGGAUUUAGCCCUAAUGGGUUUUGGUGAUUUGCAUGUCAUCGAUAUGGACACCAUUGACUUGUCGAAUUUAAAUCGUCAAUUUCUAUUUCGUCCCAGUGAUAUUGGCUCCUCAAAGGCAGAGUGUGCGGCUAAGUUUAUUAAUAAUCGUGUGCCUACGUGUCGUGUUACACCUCAUUUUUGUAAAAUCCAAGAUUUUGAUGAAUCAUUCUAUCAGCAAUUCCAUAUUAUAGUGUGUGGUUUGGAUUCUAUAGUGGCGCGUCGUUGGAUUAAUGGCAUGUUGUUGUCCAUGCUUAGCUAUAAUGAAGAGGAUGGUUCGGUAGAUCCUUCCUCUAUAAUACCCAUGAUUGAUGGAGGCACUGAAGGCUUUAAGGGUAAUGCCCGUGUUAUAUUACCUGGUUUUACGGCUUGCAUUGAAUGUACCUUGGAUCUAUUUCCACCACAAAUUAAUUAUCCUUUAUGCACGAUAGCCAAUACACCACGUCUACCCGAACAUUGUAUAGAAUAUGUGAAAAUCAUACAAUGGGAUAAGGAAAAUCCCUUUAACUCUGCCUUGGAUGGUGAUGAUCCCCAACAUGUGGCCUGGGUCUAUGAGCGUGCCAGUGAAAGAGCCAGUCAAUUUAAUAUAUCUGGCAUUACGUAUCGUUUGGUGCAGGGUGUUUUAAAACACAUAAUACCAGCUGUGGCUAGCACAAAUGCCGUUAUUGCAGCUGCUUGUGCCACUGAAGUUUUUAAAUUGGCCACCAGCUGUUAUGAUAGCAUGUCUAAUUAUUUAAAUUUUAAUGAUAUCGAUGGUAUUUAUACGUAUACUUAUGCUGCCGAGAAAUCGGAAAAUUGUUUAGCUUGUAGCAAUGGUCUACAGAUAGUUAAUAUUGAAGAUCCCAAUACUACAACUUUGGAGGAUUUAAUUAAAAUGCUGUGUGAAAGUCCCAAAUAUCAAAUGAAACAACCGGGCAUUACAACAAUAAUCGAAGGUAAAAAUAAAACUUUGUACAUGUCGACGGUUAAAAGUAUUGAAGAACGUACACGCUGCAAUUUGACACAAUCUUUGGGUGAAUUAGGACUCAAAGAUGGUCAACAAAUAAUUGUAACCGAUCAGACAACACCAAAUACUUUAACACUACAGUUAAAAUACAAUGCCAAUGAAGUCGAAAUGAAUUAA